UUUUAACGUCAUUUUAUUUCUACCGAAUUGUUUGGACCUCCUCUCCUGUUGGAAUGACUAUUUUGCAUUUUAGUUAAAAAAUAUAUUUAUAGUAUAAUUAAAACAUGGAACACGACGGCGAUUUGUCAGACGACGAUCUGGUUUCAAAUUACUUGAACGACUGUAUGUUCGAGACAAGCUCUGUGAAAAAGUCGAGCAGCUUUUUCAAAAUACAAGAAAUCUUGUUGAGAAAAUCGCCCAAUUUGAUACCGAAAUAUUUACAAAAUGUCCUCAAUUUCACUACCGAUUCGAGCGCAGAUAUCAAAAAGUCCCUCGUAGGUUUCAUAGAAGAAUUAAUUAAAAUUAGGGAAAACUUUAUACCCAAAGUAAUGCUCAGCUUGCAUAUGUUACUGUGCGAUGAAUCGAUCCCGGUUCAAAAGCGAGUUAUUCAAGCAACUAUUACCAUAUACAGAAGGACAUUGGCUUGGCUUUGCAAGGCUUCGACUACCACACAAGAAAUGGAAGAUACUUGGAAGCAGCUUAGUACAAUAAAAUUAGAAAUUGCCAACAUGAUAGACAGCGACAACGAUGGAAUACGUACUAGCUCUGUCAAGUUCUUGGAAUGCGUAGUUUUACUCCAGACUUAUCCAGACGAAAACGAAAAUAAAAGAUCAGAUGAUUUUUCUUUAGACGAUGUUCCAUUAACACUUAAAGUUGCUAGAAGAAGGAAGCUUGAAGAAGAAGCAAGUCAUUUAUUUGAAGUGUUGAUAAAAUUCCACGGUUCCCCUCACAUCAGCAGUGCUAAUCUAUUGGCAUGCAUCGGGGUUCUAUCCCACAUAGCCAAAUGCAGGGCAGAAUUCAUGGAAAGAGUGAUAAACGCCCUGGAAUCUCUAUUCAACAAUUUACCUCCUACACUAACAACUACGCAAGUAAGCUCAGUGAAAAAGAAACUGAAGACGGAAUUCAUAGGGUUAUUGAAACAUCCGGGAUCGUACGAUUAUCUUCAAACUAUCAACUCUCUUUUAAUAGAUCUUGGAUGUUCUCAGUCGGAAAUUAACAAAUUGAUACCCAAAGCAGAAGAAAGACGUAGAUACAACAAAAGAACUCUAUCCGCAGAAUCUUUAGUUGUUCAGCACAAUAUAAAAAGAGCACGAUUAGAAGAAUCAUUAUCUAACAUAGACGUUGAGGACACGAUCGAUCCACGUUUGACGCCUCAAGAGAUCAACGAGCAAUUCAUUCUGGACAAUUUGACUUUAGAAAAGGCUGUUUAUCUUAUCGUUACCAACAUUCCAAAAUUGCCGUUACAGGCUUCGAAUGAGUUUAUUCGUGAAUAUGCUGAAUACGUGAAUUCUGGAAAGGUCGGGAGAAUAUACCUGGCUAACGCCUUAGCUAAACAGUUUACAGACAGCAACAUAGGACCUGGAAAAACUGCGGAGAAACAGAAAAGUCCACCGGAGCCUAAGAAGAAACCCAAAGAAGAUGAAAAUAAAGAAGAAAAGGAGAAACCUCCACCGAAGAAGGAAAAAGUAAGGGUGCUGCGAGUGAAAAACCUGAAAUUAGCCGAAAUAACGAAGCCUUUAGAGAAGGAUUUAAAGGAGAAAUUACUGCUGAAAGCCGUCGAACGGAUGCUGGUUCCUCACAAUUCGGCAGAUAAAAUUCUACAUCAAAAAAUCAUCACCACUCUGGCUACUUGCUUCUGUCCAGCGGUGAAAGAAAAAAUCCUUUUAUUUCUAUUAAACGAUCUCCGAUCGAACGUAGACGUCGCUUUGGCUUGGCUCUUCGAAGAGUACAGCAUUAUGCAGGGCUUCUCCAGAGUACCGCCCUUGAGGAAAGAAGGUAAACUCAACGACAGCUACAACAUGUUGUUGUGUAGUUUUAUCAAUGUAUCUGCCACCGAUACGCUCAUAGUCUCUCGGCUACUCCUCGAAGCUCCCUUAGUAACCGAUGAUGCUCUCGAAGAAGUUAGAGUAGUGUGUAGGGACGAGAGAAGAUCAGGUUGGGCUUUGGGUCUUUUGCGCGAUUUAACUAUACGAAAACCGCCCAAACAAUUAAUAUUUCUCAACACUCUGCUGAGUUAUACAACGUACGAAAACAACGUGGUUCGCGACCACGCCAUCGCUCAUAUUCUGGAGCUCCACAAGCGGUCCGAUCUGAAACCGGUCAUCGAGGAAUUCGCCCGAAUGAACCUCGAGUUCCUGAAGCUGCCCAAACCGCCGGAGAGCCUGUGCGGGUUGAACCAAGGUCGAUUGAAAAGCGAAACGUGGACUGAUGAUUUCAUUAAAGCUUGCUUGUUGCCCUACGUGUCUCUGUUGCCCGCCAACGAGAGCUUGAUACACGAUUUGGCUAAAGUUUACGUACAAACCAGCGCUGAUAUUAAAAGGAUUAUAUUGAGACUCAUCGAUAACCCCAUAAAAGUCAUGGGAAUGGAUUCGAGGGAUUUGCUACAACUGGUCGAAGAGUGUCCCAAGGGAUCGGAAACGUUGAUCACGAGAGUCAUUCAUAUAUUAACGGAUAAAUCCUCUCCGACUCCCGAAUUAGUUGAACGGGUGAGAGAACUCUACAACACAAGAAUAUCCGAUGUCAGAUUUUUGAUACCUGUUCUGAACGGGUUAUCCAAAAAAGAGGUAAUUUCCGCGCUUCCAAAACUCAUCAAGCUAAAUCCAGUGGUGAUCAGGGAGGUAUUCAAUCGAUUGUUGGGUUUACACGGCGACAGCCCCAUCAAUCCCAGCGAAUUGCUAGUUUCCUUGCAUCUCAUAGAUUCUACGCAGGCCGACAUUAAAACGGUCAUUAAGGCUACUUCGAUGUGUUUACAAGAGAAACAGGUGUACACUCAAGAAGUUCUGGCUGUCGUUUUGCAACAACUAAUGGAUCAAACGCCUUUACCUACUCUACUGAUGAGAACGGUUAUCCAGGCUUUGUCCAGUUAUCCCAGAUUGUCUGGAUUCGUAAUGAAUAUACUACAGAGAUUGAUUUUGAAGAAAGUGUGGAACCAGAAGGUCGUUUGGGAGGGUUUCGUGAAAUGCUGCCAGCGAACGAGACCGCAAAGUUUCGCGGUUCUGAUGCAACUGCCGACGCCGCAGCUGCAGGAAGCUCUGAACAUAUGCCCCGAGUUGAAGGAGCCGCUCAGAGACCAUUUGCUGGCGUUCACCGAGGCGCAGAGGGCGCACAUUCCUUCGGGCGUGCAGGAAAUCAUUCUGGCGCAGGCGGGGACGCCGCCGGCGAGCGCGGGGACUCCACCUGUGACUGGCGUACAGCCCGAGGUGGGUUUGGCGAGGGAGGCUUCGGUUGCUGCUGUUCCACCAUCGGAACCCUUACCACCCGGUAUGGAUUAAACGAGUAGAUUAAGCGAAUAUUUCUUACCGAGUAAUUGAUUUUAAUUGGUUAAUUAGAAAUGUAUUUUGUAAUUGAAAAGGGUCCAGUUAUUUCUGUUAUAAAACGCAAGAAGGACUUGCG